GUUGCGACACAAAAUCAAAUCCCCACCGGUUUUCGUGAUUUCUCCUCUCCCAUCUUCGCCGCAGCCGCACACCCCAUCGGUCACUUUAAUCUCUCCGAUCAGUAUCACCACUGCUUCCCAGCGGCGCCCAUACUCAUCACCCUCCGUCCCUUAUUUCCUCUUUCCCUCUCUCUCACCUGCUGCCGUCGCUGGUCGCCGGCACCCACCACACCAACAACGUAAUGCCGUUUGUUUUUGGGAAAAGAAUAUGAUUGAAUUGAAUGGUUUAUGCAUUUGAUCAGUACAGAUGUGUGAUUGAAGUUUAGACUCAAAGAAAUGGUGAACAAAUCGCAAGCAUUUUCUUGGUCGCGUCUCCUUCUCAACCAGGUCGUGCACCAAAACCCCAUCAAAACCCCACUUCACAUUUCCCGGCAAAUCUCCCCUCUCCAACGCUUCCCGUUUGAGGAAACACCGAAGACUCCGGCGACGCGGUGUUACUCAACUGCUUCAGCCAGAGUAGUGCAAGAUCUUCUCGCUGAAGUGGAGAAGGAGAAGCAGAGAGAAAGGGAGCAGAGGAGAAGGGCUGGUCUUGAUACCAAGGAUAUUGACGAUGAAGAUAGGGAGGAUUAUAUGGGUGUUGGGCCAUUGAUAGAGAAGCUCGAGAAGGAAAAGUUAAAGGACACCGGGAACUUGAACGCCUAUGAAGAAGCUACUGAUUCUGAUAGUGAUGAAGACGAUGAAAGAUUUAGUUCUGAAUCCGUCAAAAAGAGGUUUGAUGAAUUUGAGAGGAAAUUCAAAAGACACGAGGAAUUGCUCAAGCACUUCACUGAGACUGACAACAUCGAUGACGCCUUCAAAUGGAUGAGUAAGAUCGACAAGUUUGAGCAAAAACACUUCCGGCUUCGUCCUGAAUAUCGGGUAAUUGGUGAAUUAAUGAACCGCUUGAAAAUGGCGGAUGGCAAGGAGAAGUUCAUUCUUCAGCAAAAGUUAAAUAGGGCUAUGAGAUUAGUGGAGUGGAAGGAAGCUUAUGACCCAAAUAAUCCUGCAAACUAUGGAGUCAUUCAACACGAACAAGUAGGUCCGUCGGUUGAUCUCAUGGAGCAAUCAGGAUUUGAAAAAGAGAAGCAAAUCAUACAAGGGGUUGAUGAUGAUGAUGAGGAAGAGUUUGAUGACAUGAAAGAAAGGGAUGAUAUACUACUGGAGAAGCUUAAUGCUAUAGAUAAGAAACUUGAAGAGAAGCUGGCAGAGCUGGAUCAUACCUUUGGAAAGAAAGGAAAGGUUCUUGAAGAAGAAAUCCGAGAUCUCGCAGAGGAGAGAAAUUCUUUAACUGAGAAGAAACGAAGGCCUCUUUAUCGAAAAGGUUUCGAUGUGAAAUUAAUUGAUGUGAACAGAACCUGUAAAGUUACGAAGGGUGGGCAAGUUGUCAAAUACAGUGCUCUCUUGGCUUGUGGGAACUAUCAUGGCAUUGUUGGUUAUGCAAAAGCCAAAGGACCUGCAGUACCAAUUGCUCUACAAAAGGCAUAUGAGAAAUGUUUCCAAAAUCUUCAUUAUGUGGAACGCCACGAGGAGCACACAAUUGCACAUGCAGUACAGACGGAAUACAAGAAAACAAAGGUAUAUCUUUGGCCAGCAUCAACUAGCACAGGCAUGAAAGCAGGGAAAACUGUUCAAACUGUUCUGAAUCUGGCUGGUUUUAAAAACGUCAAAUCUAAGGUCGUUGGCUCAAGGAACCCCCACAACACUCUGAAGGCCCUCUUCAAAGCUCUGAAUGCAAUCGAGACUCCAAAAGAUAUUCAAGAAAAGUUCGGACGGACUGUUGUCGAGAAGUACUUGCUAUGAUACGAGGUUUUCUUUUUCCUUCCUUUUCCAUACUUUCUCGGGUCGAGUCUGUUCUUUUUGUUGAUUCUAACUCGAAAAGGUAUUGGUAUUGGUUUUGAAUGAGAUGUAGAAAAUGGAAUUUUGGUAUUUAACUUAAGAAAUCAUGGAUCGUAACUUGCGUUAAACUUUUGAUCAUCUUUUUCUUUUCCUUCCAUUUUUGUAGCUUUUUUGGUUCAUCUAUAAAGGAAUUUGUUCUUAGUGGUUGUCUUUCUCCUUUUGGACUUCAACUUUAUGGUAUUCUUGGGUUACGUGAACUUAGAAUUCAAAUAUCACUUAGAUUCCUUCCU